AUGGUCAUUCAACAGCAAACUUGCCUCACCAUCGACUCCCUCCCAUCUACAGAAGAUUCCUAUUCUACCGAACCAGCAUCCGUCUUCGCCACCAUCGAACUCUCUGCCAAAGAGGCACUGGACCCUUCAUCGACCACUCACGGUCGAUCCAUCAGCAACGGGGUCGCCGCAGUAUUUAUCGGACAUGGCAGACUUACCCCACCACCUCCACCUCUGCACCACUGCCGCUGUGAUCCAAACUCCAGCUGCGACAGCGAUCACGACCCGGCACCUUCUUUGCGCAUUCGUAAACGCGAUAAGGUCCUAAAGGCGAUUCGGUAUAUUACCAGGACACACCCCAAGGCUCCUUCUGGAGAACCGAAGAAGGAGCGUCGCCAUUUCAGGUUUCACAGCCAUGAUAGCGAUAAGAGUUCGCGGUCGUCCUCGAGGGGGCUGGCGGUGGCGAGGCAGGAUAUCUUUCCGCAAAACUUGAGCGCCCCUGUAGCCGAUGUUGCUGUUCCCAAGCCUGAUGGUCGAAUCGAGACUACUCCUCAGCUGGCGCUGUGCAGCAUGCUGUUGACUAAGCAUACUGUGCUGGUGUCGGUUUGUGAGCCGUCAGAGAAGGUAGUUGAUGGUGCGGAGGAACCCCUACAAGAACUGCCAAUCGAUACCGACGAGGGAUCGCUUACCAAUAGCGACGAGGGCUUAUCUACCAACAGUGCAGAGGAGUGGCUCAAGGCGCAAGAUCAUGUCGAGCGGGACCGCAUCAAUUGGCUCAUCUCAAAAAUGGUCGAAGGCUUCGUUGAGGAUGCCGUCAAGGACUCAACUGCUGUCGCGGAGGUGGUUCAUCUUGGCCCAGUCCUGGACCGCGAGCUCUACCGCAAGCUACUCUCCUGCCUCAUUUCGGAGUUCGACCAGUCUCUCAUCCUCGACGCGGAACUCCUCCAAGGCCUCGUCCAGCUUCUUCAAUGCGCCUCACCAGGAUAUCUUGUCUCGGAUGAUUUGAUCAAGAUCCUUAGCAUGCUCAGGAGCCGUCUGGAGAAAAUCCAUAAACAGACGACCGAGCAUCCGUACCAUCUCGCCUCGGCUGUUGCUCGCGUUUUGGAUGUCAUGGCGGAGCAUGGAGUGGAGGAUUUGGACCGCGUUGUGGAGCAUGAACCCUUGUCUAAAGUUCUCGCGAGUCUCAAGGACAGUUCGGAUCCUUAUCUGAUGUACCAGGCCUCGCACGCCUUCCAGGCAUUGCAGUAUGUCCCCAACGAUGAGUCUCCUCUUGAUGCUCUGUAUCGCUACUCGCUCGAGGUUGCCGACGGUAUUGUCAAGCUCUCGGCCAUCACUCAAUUUAGGCUACCAGAGGUCAUGAAAGGAUUGGGGAUUCUCCUGAAAACCACCAAGGAGAGCUAUGACUUUGCCCGUUCCAUGUACAAGACCGCCAGUGCAGUAUUGACGAAUGGUCAGAGCGUUCUGGAAAUCCUUGGAGGAGGUACUGGGUAUGGCCACCAGAAACUCUGGUACUCUGCUGUCUGUGCUGCCCGGAUGUUCGCCCGACAAGGACAGCUGGCGGAGCUGAACCAGUUGAUCUGUCAGGCGCCCUGUCGCCGCGACUCGUUGUUCCAGUGGGGCAUCUGUCAGCUGCUCGGUGAAAUCGCGGCGGACUCGAUCUGGACUACCACCACUCGCCAGCAAUCCAUCGACCUUUUGGAGGAGCUGUACAAGAACGACGCAGAUUGGGGUCGGGAUGAAUGUGUGCUGGACUGGAUGGUGGCUAUUUUGCGGCAACUCUCUGAUUCUCCUGACGAUGCUGUCAAAGCGAGGGCUCUUGCUCUCCUUCAGGAUCUCAACCAUGAUCAAUCUUCCGUCAUCCAGCAUCCUUACCCGCUGAGAAACGGUCUCGCUAUGCCGACAUCCUCACCCAUCUUGACCAAGGUUCAGGACAUUCCUUACCUCGAGUACCAUCUACGCCAAGUCCAAAAGAAGCGAUUGGAGGACGCCCAGACUGUCUACAUUCCACCACAAGCCAAGGCCAGUCUCCAAGCUCUAGAUGACGACCUGUUCCCACUGAUGGAGAAGGUGCAAGAGUUCCUGGCCAGCGAGCGACAGGUCAUGUUGAUUCUGGGCGACUCCGGGUCAGGAAAAUCGACCUUCAACCGACAUUUGGAACUCGACCUCUGGACUGACUACAAGAUUGGAGGGCCCAUCCCGCUGCUCAUCAACUUGCCUGCGAUCGACCGACCGGAGCAGGACAUGAUCGGAAAGCAUUUGGACAUGAACAACUUUUCCAAGGCCCAAAUCCAGGAGAUGAAGCAACACCGUCAAUUCAUUCUGAUAUGCGAUGGCUACGACGAGAGCUUGCAGACAGCCAACCUGCACAAAACCAACCUCCUCAACCAGCCCGGCCAGUGGACCGCCAAGAUGGUGAUCUGUUGCAGGAGUCAAUAUCUCAGUCUGUCCUACCACAGCCGCUUCAAGCCUCUGCCAGUGGAUCGAUACAACUCUAACAACGUCGAGCUCUUCCAAGAAGCCGCUAUCGUUCCCUUCUCCAAGGAUCAGGUCAAGUGUUACAUCGAACAGUUCUCACAGCACCCCAGGACAAAGCUUUUAUUCGGCGAUCGGCCUGUCUGGUCUGCGGAAGAGUACUUGGAGAAACUGAUAGAGAUUCCCAACCUGAUGGACUUGGUCAAAAACCCGUUCCUGCUCGCUCUCUCCCUCAAGGCUCUGCCUGGUCUGGCAGAUUCGAACAAUGACCUUUCGGUCGUCAAAGUCACCCGCGUCGGGCUCUAUGACAAGUUUGCGGAACAAUGGUUGGAGAUCAAUGUGCAGCGACUUCAGGACAGCAAACUGAGCAGCGAGGAACGUGCAACACUCGACUUGCUUGUGGAUGACGGCUUUAUUCCGCGUGCAAUCAGUUAUCUUGAACGACUUGCGGCGUCCAUUUUCAAGGAACAGGACGGCAACCCGGUUGUACAGUACUCCCAGCUCAGCGACGCCGGUACCUGGAAGGAGGAGCUCUUUAGCCAAGAUCCCAUAGUCAAGCACUUGCGAGAGGCUGGUCCUUUGAACCGGACCGGGAACCAGUACCGCUUUAUCCACCGAACCGUGCUCGAGUAUUUCUACUCGCGUGUCAUCUACAGCCCUCCCAAGAAGAACGCCGAAACGCUAUCUCAAGAUCUUGGCAACAACACCUUUGACGCCCCACAGGCACCACCGCUGUUCGAUGUCAAUGGUCCCCUCUUCCACAAGAGCCUCCGCAAGGAACCCUCAGUCGUCCAGUUCCUUUGCGACCGAACCCAACAGAACCCAGACUUUAAGCAACAACUCCUUGAAGUCCUCGAGCUCUCCAAGACCGAUCCUACAGCCAGCCAAGCAGCCGCGAACGCCAUCAUGAUCCUUAUCAAGUCCGGCGUCCUCUUCAAUAGUGCCGAUCUUCGAGGCAUUAGAGUCCCAGAUGCCGAUUUAUCGGACGGCCAGUUUGACUAUGCUGAGUUCCAUGGUGCCGAUCUCAAGGAUGUCAAUUUCACACGGAGCUGGUUGAGAUGUGCGGAUUUCAGCAAGGCCCAGAUGGAUGGUGUUCGGUUUGGAGAGCUGCCGUAUCUGAGCCACGCGUACUCUUGUGCCUUUUCGUUUAAUGGGUCGUUGCUUGCUGUGGGGCUGUCUAAUGACGGGAUUGCGAUCUACGACGUCAAGACAUGGACGAAACUUCAUUCGCUGGAGGGGCAGGAACAGUGUGUUCUGGGCCUUGCCUAUUCACCCAACAACAGUCAUCAGGUCGUCUCUGGAGGCAGUGACGGGACAGUGCGGCUUUGGGAUUCUGUCAAGAAUGAGCUCUUGUUUGCGAUGGAUGGGCAUACUGGAUACGUCACCGCCGUAGCCUUUUCACCUAGCGGAGAGAACAUUGCCUCUGCCAGCAGUGACCAGACGGUUCGGAUUUGGAGCUCUCUCACAGGACAACUUCUUUUCACUCUGGAGGGCCACACAGCUACGGUAACCGGGCUAGCUUACUCGCCAACAGGGCAGUAUAUUGCUUCGGGAUGCAGCGAAGGAACGACACGUCUAUGGAACGCCAACACAGGAGCACCCGGUCCCGUUUGGUCAAGUGAUCCUGUAUCGCCCAUCCUGUGCCUUGCUCAAUCGUCCGAUGGUCAGUGGAUCGCCUCUGGUCACAAGAACGGCGAGAUCCUUCUGCGCAACGCCAGGACAGGUGUAAUUGGAGCGACAUUAGUCGGACAUACAUACCGCGUCCGAGGAAUCGCAUUCUCGCCCAACAGUCAAUGGAUCGCCUCUGCAAGUCGGGAUCAUACAGUUCGACUCUGGGAUGUGUUAGCCGGCACACCCGUCUCGGUCUUUUCCGGUCAUACUGCCGAUGUCACUGCGUUAACAUUCUCGCCUGAUGGGUUUCAAAUUGCUUCGGCCAGCGAGGACCACACGGUUCGACUUUGGGAAGUGAGCUCGAGUGGUAACAGUUCCGACAUGCAGAAGCGCGGCCAUACAGGGUACGUCUUCGGAGUGGCUUAUUCCCCCGACGGGACGUCGAUCGUCUCUUGUAGCAACGACCGAACUGUCCGCACAUGGGACGCGUCUACAGGAGCUGCGGGUUCGUUCUUCUUGCGCUUUGCUAGUCCCAUCCAGGUGGCGGUGUAUUCUCCCUCAGGACAGCAUAUUGUUACAGCAGGCACGGACGACAACAACAUUACCCUCUGGAGCAGUCAGACAGGAGCCGCUACUGGAGAUGUUUUCACGGGACACACUGAGCCAGUCAAGAAUUUAGUGUAUUCUCCUUGCGGUCGCUGGGUCGUCUCUGUGAGCUCGGAUAGGACCGCCCGUCUUUGGGAUACUACUCUGAACGGCAUUGGAACCGAGCCUGGGUACAUCCUUGCCAGCAACCAAACGGAGCUCACAGCUGUUGCGUUUUCACCUUCCGGCACCCAUUUUGUCAUCGCCGGCACAGACGACAUUGUUGAACUCUGGGACGUUCAGACACGACAAAUUGCUGCUAUUCUGCAAGGCUGUGGGGCGCUCACAUAUGAUGUCGCGUUCUCGCCGAGAGGUGAGCAGAUUGCCAUUGGUGGGUCGACCGAGACACUGGUUCUGUGGGACGGCAAGUCGCCAACACCUGAUGUCGAGCUCCAUGGCCACACGGAUAGGAUCCUCUGUAUCACUUAUUCGCCGGUCUCUGCCAACGGCGACCAAUGGAUCGCCUCAGGAAGCCUGGACAGGACCGUCAGGCUCUGGCGACAUAAACCCUCCGACGAGCCCAACUACUGGACGUGUGUCUCUGUCGUUAAGGAUCUCGCAGUGUCGUGCCGUAGGAUUGCCUGGAACCCAAACCCUACUGCCGGUGCUGCUCCGUUGGAGUUUGUAACUGGCUAUCAAGACGGUUCUGUUCGCGCUUGGCGAGUGAUGGAGGAGAAGGAUGGCAAAAGUUUCCGUGUGUGCUUGGUCUGGAAUUCGGGUGUUGGGCAGUUGGUGGCUGUGGACCUUACGAUGAAGGGUGCAAUUGGGCUCAGUAACAUGAACCGCCACCUGCUUGUCCAAUGCGGAGCCGUCGAUAGUCAUUGA